CCGCGUCGAUUUCUAGAUCAAGCAUUUUGUCGUCUCUUGGUGCUUCGAAGCCACAAUUACCACAUCCUGACAUUGUAUCCGAUUCUCGUGUAUCAUCGUUGCUUCGGUACCUUCAUCCAAAAGAAAAAUUCUCACUAUGGCAUCUCAACUGCUUCCUCUUGAGCUGAUCGACAAGUGUGUCGGAUCUAAAAUCUGGGUCAUCAUGAAGAACGAUAAGGAGUUCUCCGGUACGUUGCUCGGUUUCGAUGACUACGUCAACAUGGUCUUGGAAGAUGUGACGGAAUUCGACUAUUCGGGUGCUCAAGUCAAGCUUCCUAAGAUAUUGCUCAAUGGCAAUAACGUGUGCAUGUUGAUCCCUGGAGGCGAAGGCCCUGUUGGUAGCGCAUAAAGCUCAUGAUAUUCACGAUUCUUCAAGCUCUGUUUCAAUUAUCCAAUGAAUAUUGAUGAUUUACUUCGACUUAUAUUUAAUGACCAAUUUAAUUUUCAUGUAUCUUCUGUUGUCCUGCUCUCACUAAAGGGAUCUUGCCUCAUUUUGAAGCAUGCG